AUGACGCAUGUGUCUGAAGAUCCCGAACUGGUAGUAGGAAAGGUGGCAAAAGAGUUGAAAGCAGCGCGAUUGCGAAUUGAAGAAUUGGAGGCGCAGAUUAAAAACGCCGACAAAACAUUGAAAGAACGUGUAGAAGCUGCCGAAUACGCUAGCGAUGUAUUGCGAAAAAAUUACGAUGCACUAUCGACAGAAAACAAGUUACUGCGAGAGUCUCUGGAGGAGUUAAAGGAUACGAAAAAGCCAAGGAUCAAGGUAGUUGGUGCCCGUCUGGAGGAAAAUGUUGCCCAGCAAAAGCGCGACAACAGAAACAUGGUCGACAAAUCCAUUUCUGCCGACGACCAAAGUGGUGCAGUUAUGGAACAUAAGCUUGAGCAAGCUCGUGCAAAGUACAAAACAAAGAAACAGCAGAUGAAGGACUUGACUCAGUCGUGCAAAGAGCUUGAACGGCAACUCAACUUAUCCCACGCCGAAAAAGAAGAAGCGGUUAGAGCAGAGAGAGCAAAAGCGAAACCUUUACCUUUGCCCAAACGUGAAGAAGCGCCUAAACCUCCGAUACCAGUAAACCCGACUUGGAAUCAAUUGGAAGCAUAUAUGUUAAACCUUCCCAAAGUAGGCAAUUUUAUCAGGCCCCAGAAUCAUCAUCUUCAACCAAUCUGUCAUCGAUCUACCGAUCUCAAAUCUCUGUUGGCGUCGGACCCCCACACGCUUCAGCUCUCCAAAAACUUCUUGUAUCUUUCCGAUCUAUUGUUUUGGUGCUCCGACAUGCAAAAUGCUCUUGCGAUCGGGCCUAUAUAUGUAUUCGACAAAGCCUCGCAAUCCUGGUUCAAACGGUCUAUUUUUCAGAAUUUAUAUGGGACAACCUUUUCUUUAUUCUACCAACGCGACUCGCGUGUAGUCUACGUGGGAUUAUAUAAGGCUAUUAAUCUUAGGCAGUGGGCUACGGAUGGGUCAACCCUGCACAGCGAGUCAACAGAACUUGGUGAAAAUUUACGAAACAAGUACGCGUCUGCUCUGGCAGAAUCCAUGGUCAUCGAUAAUUUAAAUAAGCGACAGAGUCAAGUGAACAGUGCUCCCGCAAUGAUUUCGACAUUAAAGUCAUUUAUUCACGCCGGGAUUCUCAAGUAUGAACCCUUGGGGUUGCAAAACGUCGGAUUCGACGAAGACCUCUACACAGUAAUGGUAAAAAAUUACAGGAGCAGGCAACAACGUGCGGGUCGGUCCGUUGUCUUGUUACCAGAGCCAUCGCGGGUUGACUCUGGGACUCCGAUUAAUAUGCCUCACAACAAAAGGAAGAGACUUGGAGAUUAG